GGACUUUCUUAUUACUAAGAAAAAACAUUUACUAUCCGGUAAAAUAAAGUAUAAAUACGUUCGUAUUCCCUUAAGAAUUAUCAGUAGCAGUUAAAUUGUUAAUCUUCGAUUCAUUCAUCUCCUUAAGGAUAUACUUUAAACAAAAUGAACAUCGCAAUCUACUGCAGCUUAGUGUGUGUGUUUUACCUCUGGACCAGUGCUGACGGAGCGCCAUCCAACUGCAGGGCGGGAAGCGCCUGUAAUGCGUGUCCUGAAGGUCAAUUCUGGACCGUGAAGGUCAAUGACGCACUUGGUCGGUCACGUGACCUGAAGGUGUGUUCACCCACGUGCAGCAAGUACUGCCGAGCCGGGAACCGGGCUAGCGACGGGAGGCCUUGGUGUCAAUGUUACAAUCCUAUAGAUAUCAAGGGCGACUGCUGGAAGGGCGCCCAAUGUGACACAUGCCUGGCCGGGGCCAACGCUUCCUAUGCCGGAAAUAUCAACAGUAUCCCCGUGUGCUGUGCCAAUUGUGAGGCUUCAGGACUCAUGCUAGGAAGCACUCUAUGUAACUGCCUCCACAACGGGCCUUAGAGAUCAGGAAAUCCAUCAAACUUUGCAAAUAAACUGGGAAGCCACCUUUUAAAUGAUUAUAUGCACCUUUUAUGUAUAUAGCUCUGAAAAUAAACAAAAUUAUAUUUAUGAUAAAAAAAGAAAUUUGUGGUCAUUCAAUACGAUGCAGAACCAUCCACACUUUGACUAUAACAAACAUGAACCUUGUUUGCGAUAUAAUAUACAAGUAUUGUUAGAAUGUCGCUGGUUUUGAGUGACCCUUCAUUGAUACCAUUUUCUAUUAUACAGGUAUUUAUUGAUGAAAAUUGUAUAUGCAAUAACAUUUUGUUAAAAUGUUUUCUUUUUCUCGAUGUUCAAGCAUUGCUGUCUGGUUAUCUUUGUAGCAUUUAAGAAAUUCCGUGAUGAAACGAUUUGAUGCAAAACCUGUGUAUUUAUUCUUUUUUCACCUUUAUCGCUUACAUGAUAUGAUCUAAAUAUUUAGCGUAUUCAGAAAAAAACAUAUUUGAAAUAGGCUUUGUCGAAAAACAUUAUACCCCAAAACUUCCAAAUAUAUACAGAUAAUGAAGCCAAUUGGACUGAAGUUUAUGAAAAACAUAACGUUGCGUUUAAGAUGAUUCAUAAGAUUAAUGUACAGGCUGAUGAAGGCUAUAUACAUUUGUUUUCAAUUCAAACGUGGUAAAUUCUGAUGUAUCUUUACAAACAUUUAUUUGCUUAGUGCUCAAUAGUUUUUAUCUACAGGGAAAGCCCCUUUUUAAUCUACCGAUUCACCUGAUUUAAGUUAUUAACACCUGACUGCUGAUCUACCAAUAUUAGAAUAUGGCAGAAUAAUAAUACUCCCAUCCAAUAUGAAAUACAACUAUAAUACUGAACACUUAAUCAGUUUCGAGUCCGACUCUGUAUUAAUUAGAUGAAAUAUUUCAUCACACGAUGUGUAAUGUCCAUUAUGACUGUAAACGCAAAAACAAUCAAUGAAAAAUGUGUCAUGCUUCUUGAUAUUGUGUACCAUGUGCAUUUGCAUGCUAUAAAUCAUCGGUAGUUCGUCUUAGAAAUUGUUUAAGUAUUCUUACAUUUUUUGCACUUUGAAUAAGUUUCUUGAAGUUACGUUUUACAUAAAAUCGACCAUGUUU